AUGAAGGGCUUUGGUCACCACAAGGGGUUUGGUGGCUAUGAGGGCUUUGGUGACCAAGGCGGCUAUGGUGAACAUCAUGGCUAUGGCAGUUAUGACGAAUAUUACGGAGAGGUUGACCCGCACUUCUACAACUUCAACAAGGGCAAGGGACACAAGGGAAAGGGCCACGGGGGCAAGGGCAAGGGCUUUAUGGAAGGGCUCAUGGACAUGUUCUCGUACAAGCCCGAUGUGAGCUACUUCCCUAUUUGGCUUCCAAAAUUCAAGUUCUUUGUUAAGGAGGUACCGAUUCCCAUUCCGAAGCCGUAUCACGUCAAAGUGCCCGUCAAGGUGGCCAAGCCGAUCCCGUACCCCAAACCAUACCCGGUGGCCAAACCCAUCCAUAUCCCCGUACCUGUCCGCUAUGAGGUGCCCAUCUUUAAGGUCAAAGGCCACGGACAUGGCAAGGGCUACGGACAUAACAAGGGGCACAGCGUAGGGUAUGACGGCUAUGGCUUCGGGCGCCAUGGGGUCUUCAGCAAGGGGCACCAUAAGGGACACCACAAGGGGCACGGCUACCAAGGCCCUGUGUUCGGGUUCGGACCUCCCCGGCCGCUGGAAACUUCGAGCGGGUACGGACCGCCGAAGCCGUUCUCUGGCUACACUGGCGGCUCCGCCGAAUACGGGACAGAUGCAUCUCCGCUGUGCGCGCUGGCGCUGGUGGCGCCACCUGCCACCAGCUCCGCCGAAUACGAGACAGAUGCAUCUCCGCUGUGCGCGCUGGCGCUGGUGGCGCCACCUGCCCACAGUCAGCUGCAGGUCUCAGCCAGCCCGGUGCUCAGUGCGCCGCCAGCCCCGACGGCGUCCGUGCCAGCGCCAGAGCCGCCCCCGAUGGAGGUCCGGUGCCUGCUCGCGUGCGUCCUGCUGGCGGUGCUGCUCCGGCCCGCCGGCGCCGCCGAGCGCGUCAUGAGAGAGUGGCGCCGCGACAGAGCGCCCAAACUCUUUGGUGACAAGGUGGCCGGCUGGCAGCUGGACGCCCGCUCGCCGAAGGUGCAGCGCAAGCUGACACACUUCCACAACCGCUUCAGGAGCCGCGUGAAGCCCCGCGCCGCCAACAUGCUCAAGAUGAGCUGGCACAGGGGUGCCGCCAAGGACGCCCAGGUAUGGGCUGAGGAAUGCCAGCUGUUGGUACACGCCAAUGAUACGGGCAGGUGGCAACAGAACUUCGGUGCUUGCGGCCAGAACAUCUUCGUCUCAACGCACAAAGUGCCGUGGUACUUUGCCAUUAAGAGCUGGUUCUUGGAGAAGGACAUCUUCCGGUUCGGUUCAAGCAAGAACAACCUUACGGAAGUCGGUCACUACACCCAGAUGGUAUGGUACUCCACGCAUAAGGUGGGGUGCGCAUGGACCUUCUGCAAGAACGCCAAGCCCACUCCGUACUACAACUACGUCUGCAACUACUGCCCCACCGGCAACUACGUGGAGCGUCUGGGUCGGCCGUACCAGCCAGGCCGGCCCUGCAGUCGCUGCCGGCGCUCCUGCAACAGCAAGAAGCGGCUGUGCACCAACUCGUGCCCGUGGUCGGAUCGUUGGAGCAACUGUGCCCAGCUGCGCCGGCUGGACAGAAACUGGACGUGCCGGACGCGCGGUAAACCGGCCCGCGCCUGCCGCGCCACCUGCCGCUGCCACAACCGGGUCCACUGA